CUUCAUUCAUUGAUACUGACAAAAGAGAGCCAACAAGAUGAUGAUGGCGACGGUCCUUUUGAGAAGAGCAGCUUGGCAAGCCUCAUGUUGUCGGUCUCCUAGCAGUAGCACUUUUGUGCAGAGUGGUAUCCGAUCUCUCAGCUCUACGGAUGCUGCUACCAAAGACGAGACGACGGACAGCAAGAAGCAGAGUUUCGUGACUUCGGACAUUGAACCUCAAGUCUUUGAUCAUGCCAAGACGGACCCCUUGCAUCGUCCCAAAUACCGUUCUCGUGCUCGCAUCAUUUCCAAGUACGACUAUGCCAAGCAGCCCUCUGUCACCUUCGAAGACCAAUACGACAACUUUGCUGACGCCCGGGUUGUCAUGAGCUGGAUGGAUCACAAUACCAAGCAACGCCUUUACGAAAAUUAUCUCAAUUGGAUGGUCAACGCACAAGAAAAAUUCGGAAAGACAUCGCACGAAUACGUGUGCCGGGUGCUCGCGCAAAAAUUCAGGAUCACGCCUCAUCGUGCAGCGGCAAUCAUCCAGUUGCAACACAAUGAAGAACAACGCAAAAUACAAAACCCUGAUUUGCCAUUAUGCGAAGAAGAAGCCCAAAGAAUGGAUGAAAUGAUCAAGUACACCAUCCAACAGGCAUAUCAAUCCACUGGAGAAACCCCACCUGAAACGUUUCUCGAGGCGCCAGAUCCAGAGGGUGGAAUGGAGAGCUACAAGACCAUGAUUGCUGAGGAUCUCAUGGAUGUGGAUCAGUUGAUCAGAGAUGCCAAUGUACGAGAGCAAGAACAGGCAAGAAUCAUUAUCAAUGAUCACGUUUACGUUGAAGAUGUCGACGAGCAUACCAUUGGCAUUCGCGUCUCCAAAGAAACAAAUAGAAUCUUGGCACAGCAGGAAAAACUCAAACAACAGGCAGCGCCGGAACCAUUGCCAUCUCCAACUGCAUCGGUCGGGGAAGCGCGUCCUCGAUGGCAGUACGUGGCACAGCUCGUCGAUACACGAGAGCUUCAUCCCCGAAGUCUAAAAAACCGAAACAAAUCUUGGAUGAAACACAAAAAGGCACCACAAAAGCCGUAUGGCAAGAAACACCGCAUGGGCUUCCUCAACAACCAUACUGACAAUGUUGUCAUUGAACACAAUGGAGACCUUCGUGUGGCCAACAUGGAGGAAGUCAAGAAGAUGCCUUGGAAACCACUCCGAAACGACCAAGAAUUCACCUAUGCCGGGGUCAAGAAAGCUUGGUUGGAUAGGACCAUUCGAGGCAAGACAUCUGCCUGGGGUAAAAAGGCAUUCGAUCCAAAGGAGGAAGAGAUUACCAAGAAGGAGGCAGCAGCGAGUCAAGACGCAGAGGUUGAGGACAUGGACGACGAAAAGGAGGUCUCUGCGGAUGAACUUGAUGCCGAAGAAGAAAAGGAGCCACAGGAAGAAGAAGCUAAAGAGACGGAUGACAAAAAUGAUGAUAACAAAUAAUAGGUUAGCGCUAGUUUAUUGUUCCU